UGUCGCAUUUCCGUGUUUUCUCAACGCAAAAUGGCACGGGAUCCCUGGAAUAGGAUCAUUAUUCCCAUUCCUGGUGCUAUUUCCAGUGUCCGCGUAAACUUCACUACAGAAACAGACUUGAUUGUGAAGAACCUGCUGACGGAGAACGACAACGUCCUCAAAGUGCUUCGGAGUACGUUUCUACAGACGGAGGUUCGAGUUCUGUACGCCUUGCUGUACAAUCGCAACCAUAGCGCAAGAUCCAACAAAACCUUUCGAGUGCUAAAGCAGGUGGCACAGUGCCUCAACAGACUGAAGGAGAUGAAGCUGGAUGAUGCUCUGCAGGGUCUGACGGAUUUGUGUCCCAAUAGGAUUCAACGAGAUCUGAGCGUGAAGGCGGGCGAGGGCGAUGUUCCCAGUCAGCCCUCACUGGAAUGGCAGUGUCUCAAAGUGCUGGGAGCUGCUCAACUUAUGAGCUGCGCAAUGAAACACUGCAGCCGAGCUUUCCUCUUAUCUAAGCAGCACAUGAAAUUCGAGUUCGUCGUCCUGAAUGUGGUGAUAACCAGCAUGCUCAGUCGCUUCUGGGUUAUUGUCAGAGGAAUCCUGACCAGCCUGUCCACUCUCUACCAAUAUUUGUUGGAGCUGCGGGCAGAAGUGGCCCUCGCUCGGCCCAUGCCAUUCCUCACAGACUUCAACCUGCCCGCCAAUAUGGCCGACUUCCUCGGGCCUUACGAUGCGGCUUUACUGCUCACGAAACCAAAAUCUGGUCUCCACGUCACCACUCACAAACCAAAAGUGGAGAGACGGAAGGCUCCCGUCGGAGUUCAGAAGAGGACGAGGAGGGUUCGAGAAGACCUGGGUGUUGCUGUGCGGAGAGUGGUGUUACCCGAUGCCAACGCGGCGGCGCCUGUUCGAACCCUCAAUCGGAGCGCGGCGCAGACGACGAUCCUCCCGAGGAGGCAACGGGCGUUCCGGAGACGCGCCGCGCGUGCCGCUACCUUCGAAGACAUGGCCUCCUGUCUGGACCAAAUGAUUGUGUGGUGCAAUUCCCAGAAGAUGUCUCAAAUUAAACGUCGCUUAACCUUUUUGAGAUUAAAGUGCCGGCAGAUGAGAGGAGCUGAGGCGGCGGGUUACAACGUGCGGAACAAGCUGCUGACGUUCAAGCGGGAAGCUGGCCGGGCUUUCUGCGGGGUUCGGAAGGCUCGACCCUCCGCUGCCUGCCGGGGACGGGGCCACCCAAGAGCAUCACUCGGGAGGAGACAGUUUUUUCGAUUUUUAAAAAUGAGACAUAAUGCAACAAGUAAAGUCAAGCCAAAGAGAUGCGUGUCAUCCCCUGACGAUUGGAUAAACCGAACAAUGGCGACGAUGGUUAAUUGUGACAGCCACGAUGCCGACAUUGAUGACAUUUUUGCCUCUGCUGGUCUGUGACGCGUUUUGAAAUGCACUAGUCAUUGCUUGCUUUUUUUUUUGUAACUAUACACUGCAGCAAAAACACCGAACCUAGUGGAAGCAGCAGCAUUCAUGAAAAAAAUGCAGCCAUUAUAAAGUUUCAAAUGAGAUGAGAAUUA